UUUGGUGACGUAACGCUGUGAGCUACAUCGAUGUUCCUUAUUGGUGCUGUAGAGAAGCUAUUGGCUGUUGUGUUUCGAGAGCUGUGCACGGUGUGGCGGUAGUAUCAGUGAAGUGUAUAUAAAGGUUCUAUAAUCUGAAUUGUAAACAACACAGAUAUCUUGCAUUGCGAUUUAUUUAUUCUCAGUUUUGUACAUGUGAUCGGUGUUAAGAUCGAGCAUUUUGUUAAAUCAACUUUUUAUAAGGUUUGUUUUGACUGUUUAAUUGUAUUGGCUUAUAACAUGAGCUGCACUCCACCACCAGAUACUGAGGUUGAAGAAGGCAGCCCAGUUGGCGAGGCAAUAUGUGAAGAUUCUUCUCCUGAAAACACAAUGCAGUCUUCUGCAGCAACAGACAUAGAAGAAAAUACAGAACAAACUGAUGAAAAUUUGUUUCCUUUUAAUAGUGUAUCUGUAGAAUUAUAUGAGGGUCCUGAAGAAAGUGAGGAUUCCUCCCAGACUAAAAUUUCAGAAUAUGAAGCUGGUGUAGAUGAAUCAAAUAAUGAAACUCAAGAUAUGCAAGGGGUAGCAAAUACAUUAUGCAGUUCCCCUAGCAAUUCCAGGGAUUCUAGAGCUGUUGAUGCAAUGUUUUCUGAUGCUUCAAAGAGUAAUUUAGAUGAACCUGAUGCUUGUGAACCUGCUGCUAAUGAACCAGCAGCUGAAGAUUCUUCAGAUACAUAUGAUCCUAAUAUUGUUAUAAAAGAUGAGAUUAUGGACACAGAGGAGCUUCAGAAAACUUAUAUUGAAGAUUUCCUGUAUUCAAAUACAUCUGCUAGUUUUGAUGAAGCUUCAAAUUCUGCUAAUGAUGAGAAAGGAUGUCCGUUGUCACGUUUCAGUAAAAUUGUAAGAGCUGUAGAACAAGCUGAUUAUGAAACUUUGCAAAUGCUUUAUCAGUUAUUAUAUCAGAGGAGUGCUUGGGACACUCAAGAAAUUUUGACGCAAAGGAUACUUGAAUUUUCUGGUUUUAAUUUUAGCCAAAGUAGUGAAGAUUAUUUUAAUCGAGAGAUGAUGCUUCGAACUCAACCAGAUGAUGUGUUGAGAAAAAUUGGUGCUAUCUUAUGUCUGGAGAUGAGGAAGUUUUCUGAUACAGGCAAAGAAAGACAUGAUUUAAUUGCAAGCAUUAUGGAAUUUUUAUCUAAACCCAAAAGAAAGACCAGAGCUCCAAGAGGUGGAACAGAUGUAAAAAAGGAUGAAGAAAGAGAUAUAUUGCUAGCUGCAGAUAAGUGUGGAUGUCGUAAUCGAUGCUUGAAGAAAUUUACAGAAGCUCAGAAGAAAAAUAUCCUGAGAUAUCUAGAUUUGUUAGAAACAGAAAAAAUGUUAGAUGUUUACAUCACCAGCUUGUUUCAUUCAAAGAAAAUUGAGAGGAAACCUGGGGCUGCUGAAGAAAGUAAAAAACUCAAAGAAGUUUCUUAUCAAUAUAAAGUUAAAUAUGGGAAAAAAGAAGUUCCAGUGUGUAAAGGUGCUUUUUGUAUUCUCCAUGGUAUAAAAUUGGGUAAAGUGAAUCAAUUGCAAAUUAAGGUGAAAUCUGGUGGAAUGGCUCCUCUUGAUCCUAAAGAUUACCCUCCAUUCAUCACUGAUGGAAUAGAUGAUAAAGAUGUUGAUGUGAAUGAGAAUGAAGUAAAAGAUCAGCAAAAAUCUCCAACCCAGCAGAAAUCCUCAAAUCAGCAGAAAUCUCCAAACAAAAAUCGUUCAAAGAAAAAAUCAAGUGCAGGUCCUAAAAGCUCUAAAAGCGGACCCAGAAAAUCUAUUGAAGACUGCAAAACAGAAGAAGAAUUAAAGGAAAGCAUUACGUCUCAGAAAGUAAUUCCAAAAGUUGUGAUUGAGAAAGUUGACUUAAAAGCUGUCACUAGCAUUAAAAUUAGUGAGAUUGAAGAUACUGAAGUUUCUGGUGUUAAAAUUGGCAUUAAUUCUGAAGUUAAAGAUGAUGCAGAUGUUAAAGAAAAUGAAAAAUCAGAUGGAGAGAAGAAAGAAAUUCCAAAAUCAGAUGAGGAGAAGAAAGAAAAUAAGAAACCAGAGAAACUUAAAGACUUUCCUUUGGUUGUACGAAGUAUAGAAAAUGCUCCUGAAGAAUUACUUAUUGAUAUACAUUUUCUUCUUUAUCUCAGUAGUGCAAGUGCUGAUAAAGUGAAAGAAAAUAUACUUGAAUUUAGUGGAUUUCCAUUUGAUGCUGAUACAGAAGAAUUUGACGAACGGAAUGAAUUUCUGCAAAGGAUGUCCAAUAAAAUUAUCACUGAUGUUGCACGAUCAUUUUCUCUUGGUCUUUUGAGCACUAAAGAAGACACAAUAAAAAACAUAUUGUCUUUUCUAUCUAAACCUGAUGAAAGUUACUUACGAGCUGUUGCUGUUCCUGUAAUUCUGUCUGAUGUAGAGCUAGAUGAUAUUGGAGAUAUGUCAGAUUCUGACGAAUCUAUAACUUGUGAAGUUGUAGAGAAAAAAGUCGAAUGCAUUGAUUUGAUUUCUUCAGGUGAUGAAAGUGACAAAGAGGAUAAAGCUAAAAAAGAAAAGCAGACAAAGAAACCUCCUGCUCCCCAAAAAACCACAGUUCCACAGGCAACUUCAACACCACAAGCAACCACAAAUACAAGUUUUCAGACUUCAACUUUUUCACCUGUAAUUAGGGCUGGAUCAACUGUAACUAACUCUACACCUUCUGCAACUGUCGGCACUGCUGCAUCGGUUGGCACUGCUGCAUCUGUCAGCAACUCAGAGACUACUUCUGGUCAAAAAAGAACUCUAAGGAAUUUUGAAACUAUAUGUAAGAUCGUGAACACUCAUCCACAUGAAUAUCUUGUAGAUAUAUAUGAUCUUCUUUACUUGAAAACACAUGAGCCAAGUACUCUAAGAAAUGAUAUACUUGACUUUAGUGGCUUUACAUUUGAAAAGGGUUCUACUGAAUAUAUAAAACGUAAACAGCUAUUGGAUAGAAUGCUUUAUAAUUCAGUCCGAAGAAUAUAUAAUACUUUAAUCCAUACUACCACUGAAGUAAAGGUGUAUUCUAAACCCACUAUGAUUGCUGAAAUAUUCCAGUUUCUUUUCAAGUUACCAGAUCAUGAUACUAGUGUACGUCCUCCUCCAACUACCAAACCAGCUACAAAGGCAGCUUUGACCAAAGGUUGCCCAGUUGUAAAAGUUGUGCCUGGCAUGGCAGGAGCUACAGUUCCUCCAGCUCCUUUACCAAGCCAGAGUGGAAAACUGAGUGAUUUAAAAAGAGUUUUUCAACGAGUGGCAUGUUUCCCCUGUGAAUACUUGAUAGAUGUUCACAAGCUUCUUUUUAUGUCGGAUUGUGAUCCCAAAGUCAUUAGACAAAAUAUAUUUGGAUUUAAAGGAUUUUCUUUUGGUGUUGAUUCUCCAGAGUUUCAGCAGAGAAAGAUGUACUUGGAGUAUUUAACAUUUCACAGUUUAAGAAAAAUAUCCAGUGUCCUAACUACUAGAUCAGUUGAUUUAAGGAAUUCUACCAAACAUGAGUUGGCAACUCAUUUAACGCAGGUGCUUGCUGAAUAUUGUAAUACUUAUGUAGAAACAGAACCAAUAGGAACUGAGCCUCCUGCUAAUCCAGAUAACCAGAAUAAUGAGAAUGCAUCCGCACCUACCAGCACUACCACCAGCUCUCCUACCACUACUAGCACAUCUACUCCAGAUCAGACAAAUAAUGAUGUGGAAAAUAUUGUUGUUACUCCGAUUCUGGAUCCCCUGCAUGCAAAUCCGUCAUCAGGAAGUCCAGAACCGAUGCAGACACCUGAAUCCACGUCUACUUCCGAACCAAAAAGCAGUGCUGAUGCUGUUGUAACUCCUAAAUUAAAGAACUUACCACCAAAGGAAACUCCCAAAUCAGUGACUAAUCCUCCUCCAUUAUCAAUUUCUAUUGUUGAUACUCGAUCCAUACGCUCUCCAGCUACAACUACUACUGCAGCGCCUAGAGGGAGGAGGAAAAGAAAAUCUACACCUGUGAAAGAAGUACUAAAAGACAGACCUCCUCCAGCUGAAGCUUCACAGUUUGCUGACAUUAAUUUGCCUGAAAUUGAACAAUAUAGGCAAUUAUAUGGUCAAAACUUAAAUAUUUAUAAUCCAAACUUGCCAACAAUUUCGGCAUAUAGCGGAUCUGGUGUUGUUCCACAGUCAUUCCCACAUUUAGUUCCUCAAACCAUGCCCUUUCCAGUAGUCCAUACCUUUCCUACACCUAUGCAAGUUCAAAAUCCAUAUCCAGGAGUUCCUCAACCUAGUCCGAUGAUUGGGCUUCAACCACCAAUUGCCCCUGGUUUAGUUCCGCAAAGUAAUAUCCCUCCAAGCAAGCAAAAUGAAGUUAUUGUGCCAGGAGAGUGCGUUUUAGGUGAUACAUCCUUUGAAGAACCUCCAUCUAAAAAAGCUAGAAAUGUCAUAUCAUCUGGGGAUAAAAAUGAAAAGUCUCCUAGCAAAAAAACUGGAGAUGCUAUGAGCACAGCAGAUGAUGAUGAGGACUGUGACAAGCCAUUAGCAUCUUUAAUAGGACAUCCUAUU